CCGACGAUUCCGACAGUUCGGCGUCGAGAUCAAUAGCGGAGUGUGUCGCGUGUCCCUCGGCCUAAUCGCUGGCUUCGCUUAACCUAACUCGACAUCGCGCGAGCGUGACAGUCGCAUUCCGCGGCUGAAUAGCGUCGUAAUCUUUUUCGCCAUGAGUAAAAAAGGAUUUUGCAUGUGCACAAUCCUUUUUUGUCAACUUUGCAUGUCCCCUGCAGCGUCAUUCUCCGAUACAUAACGCUGAUCGCUGAUCGGCGAGUCUGACGAGCGCGUGCCUCGCCUCGAGAGUACACGGUAUCUCGUUUUCGUUGCAGUUCCCAGGGGGAGAUUGAUCUCGGGACGAUGUUCGAGUGGGCGUACGACGGCGUGAACAGCUCGAUACCGCGCAACGUUGGCCCGGAAUGCGCCAACUACCUGACGCUGAAUCGGAGAAUAAUCGAGACGCUGUUCAUAUCGGUGUUCAUCAUAUCAUUCAUCGCAUGGGGCCUGAAGCGAGUGACCUUGCCGAAGAAGCUGGCCUACGUCAGCCAGGACCGUGUCGGCAGACGGGUCCUGCUGAUCCUCAUGUCGCUGGUCCUGGGAAUGGAGACUGGCUUCAAGUUCACCAGCAGGACCGUGAUAUACCUGCUGAAUCCGUGUCACAUUACAACGGCACUACAAUUAUAUCUGCUGGCUGCGGAUCCUAGUCCAACAGUGACCGCUAUCUUCAGGAUACAUCUGAACCUGUUAAACGGACCAGUACUGGCAUACCUGUUUCCAGAGACAGAGUCUCGGAUCAUAUUCGCAGACAAGGCAAUGUACUACAUCCAGCACGGUUUGAUGCUGGUGAUACCGUUUUACUUGUUGAGGAUUGGAGGUGUGUACAACAUCGAGCCGCUGUCCGAUAUGAGCUGGUCGAUCCUCAGUUUCGGCCUCAAUGCGGGAUAUCACUUCUGGAUCCUCCAGAGUGUUGCCUUGCCAGUACAGGUGAACCUCAGUCACAUGCUGUGCGCAGCCGUUCUGGAUCCGUUCGAGGGACAAAAUUACCGGAUAUGGGCGGUGACCCACCAGUCGAUACUCUGCCCCAUUCUGUGUAAGCUGUUCUGCUACGGAGCUGACUUUUUCCUGACCAAGUUCCCGCCGACCAGGGUCAAGCCGUCGCUGGAAUGCACGAUCCCGAAGAAGAACUGUACAUACGAGCAGAACGAGAAGCUACAUGAAGAUUCCAACACCUCGGGGAACGGUCACACGCGCUUCGACUAGAGUCUGAUAGAGAGAAAAUCGAGUCACACCAAAAACAAUGCGUACGAGACGCUUCAGUUCGAUCGAGUGAGUAUAACAGUAUAACUCUCUCUCUCUCUUUUUCUCUCUCUAUCUCUCUUUCUCUCUGUCUCUGUACGCGUAUUUAUCAUCGCAGCGUCUAAUCCGAUACGCGCGCGUGGCGUUCGUGCAUUUCUGACGUUUCUACGCGCGAUCCGCGCAGAUACCGGUUCCUACGUAGUCACGUAAGAGAAUGUCCGACUUUUCUUCCUUGCAGACCAACUCGUUUGUAACUAUGUCUGUUAUGAGCGUCUGCGGGCAAACUGCACCCACGGGGCAACUGCGAAUAAUAUUGAGAAAGGGGGAGGAAACGGGGAAAAUUACCUUCUAAGUUAUCCUUAAUUCUAACAGAUAAUUAUACACGUUACGAUUGCGAGACACACACACACACACACACACACACACGUACAACGGUUAUACACGUUCCCGCUUAUGGAUUUCUUUCGUCAUCAUCAAGGGAAUCAAGGAUUCAUUCACACACACAGAUAUAUAUACACGAGAUUACACACGCCAAAACGGAUAACUCGAUUCUAGUACAACCGUUGUGAUUAUACCAUUAAUUUUUAAUUCGUUUAGAGUCCACAGAAGAUAAUGCCGGUCGAUCAAACAGUCAAUUUGAAAUAUUGAAUUUCUGUCCAAAUGCUUGUCAUGCCUAGCGCUGUGCUUAGAUUAAGAGAUUCUCGUAGAUAGUGUGGGGCUUAAGCUGACGUCCAGUAACACCGGCGGCUGAGAGAGAUCUCGCGGCCGACCGUAGAGAUGUAACUGCACACACUACCUUUUAGAUAAAAAUGUAAAAAAAAGGGAAUCGUGCACUUUUAUAUUCAUUUUUACUCAUGCAGUAGAAACGAAUGCAUUCAAAUAACGAAACUGCAAGGUAUUUUACACACAGUUUUGGUAGUCGACCCAAUCGUAGAGAUUUCGCCUAUAUAAAACAUACAAUAUAUAUAAUAGGGAUAGGGAGUAUAGAGGCGGCAGUGUUGGAAGUUUAUCAGGCCGAAAACACAUUUCGCGAAACGUAACACGCGCUCUCACUCUUCAAUAGGCUACUUGCGGCUCUACAUCCGUGUGACUCUGCUUACGUGUACGAAAAUAUUUUUAUACGCCAAUUCUUGUACGGUUCGAUCCUUUACUGCACGAGUUCACGCGCGGGAAAAUAUAUAUCUCCGCUGCGUACGCAACGUAGUAAGAACACUUUAGAAGACGUGUGCUUUCCGCGUUCAAUCAUAAAUUUAUCCGCCUUUACUCGAAAACUGUCUGUCGAGCUUUCGAAUCUGUUGCAUCCGCUUUACGUUCUUUCUUUCGGGAUCUUAUUAUCACAGGAGCGAUAUUUUCACGGCGAACGGUUGUGAAACGUCGAGCAUCAUUAUAGAUUGACGAAAAAAAGUGGCCUAUGUUGUUUUUCACGUAGAAUUAAUCCGAAAGAAAACGAAACUUUCAAGGUUCCAUGAUUUCAGUGAGCUGCCAUUAGAGAAUGAUUCUUGUUUCUCGACGAGAAUAGCCUGAUAGUCCAAAAUUUAUGUUGUCAGUAUUAUAAUAACGAUAAUGAUAAUAAUAUAAAGUAAAAUGAUAAUAUUAGCAACAUUGUAGCAUCGAUACUUACUAUACAAGUGCAGAGAAUUAACUCGGCAGUCUUGUAAUUUACAACAUAAGAGUUCGAUUACAUAGAGGUCUUUAUGAAGUAUCGUGAAAUGAAGUAUAUCGCAAACGACGUAUUAAUCCUGGAACUAGAGAUAGGAUGAUUAUAAUUUUUGCACGAAAAUGUUAAAGUUCUUGCAUUAGACAUGUAUACUAGCGUUUCGCGUAUUAAACUAACAAGAUAAAGUUGUCUCUGGGGCAUGGUACUAUAUAUGAUAUUCUGACUAAAGUAUUUUUUAUUAAAAUGGCCUAAGCAAGUAUAAACAAUUCGAAGAAGGAGGGAAGCUGUUGUGGGCGGCUUAGCAUUCGAACGUGAUUGCUCUUGCAGAUUAUUGCAUUAGGUACUUUAAUGCAAACUAAAUACAUUCAUGCACGCGGAGUACAUUUUCGAGAGAACAACGUUAUAAAUUAUUAAGACAUUACAUGAUAGUGAGUAGUUUCCGUUUGUUAGCCUCGAACUGAACUCGAUUAAAUAAGAAAUACUGGACGUACAAAAA